AUGAGCAUUUUCUGCAACCUUUUCCUGAUGGCAGUCUCUCUACAAUCGGCGGCGGCUUUGUCUCGUCGGUAUUUAGAAGAUGUGAAUUUUGAUGAAAAAAAGUCAGAAGGUGGAUCUAUAGCAGAAUACAAUGACUCCUCUCUGACCUUCUGCUCUGCUAAGUGUGACGUCACAUGUGGCUGCUUUGGGUUUAACUUGAAAGAGAGGAAAUGCCGAAUCCAUUAUUCGUUUGACCAGACUUACAUAACAGUAGCAGAAGCCGGAUGGAAAAAUUACUUUUCAGAAGGAAAUGACGUGAUUCAUAAGCUUACCAAGGGAAGAAACUCAUCUCUCUACGUCUCUAUCACUUUAAAAGAUGGCAGGAUGUUAUAUGAAUAUUACGAUCAGUUCUCGGUUUCUGAUGAAUCAGACAACUACAGACUUUUCCUCGGAGGACCUGCUACCGGAACAUUAGGUGACAGUAUGUUUGAUCAGUCUGGGAUGCCAUUCAGUACCCGAGACAGAGAUAAUGAUAAUAGUGGAGGUCCCUGUGCUGGUAAUUAUGAAGGAGGCUGGUGGAUGAAUGCCUGUUACAAAACCUUUCUCAAUGGUCCCUGGUCUCCGGGAUACUGGAAAGAUCCUUGGGCUGGUACGGUCGCUGAUGGCAAGGAUAUUACAGAGACUCUCAUGAUGAUAAAGCCUCAUUAA